AAUAAACAAUGCAUUCCGCGUCGAUCGACGCUCGCCACCUGUUGUAGCCGAAACUCACUCUCGAGAUCGCCCGGAGCGCGGCCAAAUAUUAAGAUGUGGAAGCCGAUUUUAGACGGGCUCAUAUUUUUUUCGACGUUAGCUUUCGCGAGUGAAGUGAGCUAUACGAACUCCAGUGUAUUCAACAAAUGUUGCUCGGAAGACCGCAGCCUGAUAAGAGUCACCGACGACGUUAAUUCCAGUGUACGGUACGAAUGCGUCGAUCGGAAAAAUUUGACGGAAGCGUACGGGAUCACCGAGGACCCCGUACACGUAGGAGCCGGUGUCGAGAUAUACGAGGGUAUGCCGGUCGAGUGCGAGGAGCCGAAGACGACGGCGCUGAACAAAGCGGACGACGCUCUCUUCGCGGGGGACGAACUUUGCUAUGAUACGCUCGUCGCUGAAAUAUUUAACGGGAGCAUGAAACAAAACAUUCCAAAAUUUGUAGCUCUAAGUUGUAGUGAUACUGCCGCUACGAACAAAACCUACCCCGAGCCCGCUCUCCGGUUGCAUCGCGUCCGCAAAUGUUGUCCGAGAGGCGAACGCUACGACAGGACGUACCACCAGUGCAGGGAGUCCCACCGGGAGGUUCCCCUCGACUGGGGCUUUAAAUUGAGCAACGACAGCUUAUACGAGGUUCAGUACGGACUGGAUUGUAAGAAUGGAGAGUAUGCCGUCGAAUUACACGAUAGUCUGUACACGCUCGAUAUAGACGGAAGUAAUUUGGUGGCCGUAAAGAAGGAGAGCGACAGGAAAAGUAUCGCGUUACCCGGGGAGUGGUGUAUUGACAGGGAUUACAAUAGCAACGGACUGGUCGCUCGAGUGUGUACAAAUGAUUGUGAAAAAUUUGGUGCUUAUUGUGUCGCCAAGUGCUGUCCACCCGGGCAUCAUUUCCGAGUGAGCAACUGCAACGCCUUCAUCAGCAGAUGUGUACCCAAUGAGGAAGACAGCGGAGUUUUUUACAACCUUUCCAAAUAUUUAGAUCCUUUAAAAUUGACUACCGAUCGAAAGGACUUCUUAGAUGUGAUGGGUCUUCGUUUUGGGGUGAAGUGUCCCGCUGGAAGGUAUGCGUUGAACGAGUCCAUAUACCAGGACCUCCACAGCCUCACCCACGACGCCUACCUGGAACACUGGGGCUCCGUCACGAAGACCUACUGCCUGGAGAUGUUCGACCGCCGCCACUGCCCCAGCAACGAUAUUAUAGUCACAGCCUUGCUUUGUUUUCUUCCGGGCAUUUUGACUAAGGAUUUCCGGAUAUCUUUUUACAUCAUAACGGUAUCGAGCGUGUGCCUGGCGCUGACGCUGGUGGUGUACUGCGCGCUGCCGGAGCUGCGGAACCUGCACGGGCGCAACCUGAUCUGCCACGUGGCGACCAUGCUGCUGGCCUGCGCCUGUCUCGCCCGCGUGCAGUACCGCCCCGUUCAGGACAACACCGUCUGCACUGCCCUCGGCUACGGCAUCUACUUCGGCUUCGUGGCCGCGUUCGCCUGGCUCAACGUCAUGUGCUUCGACAUCUGGUGGACAUUUGGGAGUGUUCGCACAGUGCAACCCCUACGUAAGUCGAGUUCGGAGCGGAAGCGGUUCCUGUGGUACUCGCUGUACGCGUGGGGUGUGACGGUGCUGUUGACGACCACCAUGUACCUCCUCGACCGGUACCCCGUCUCCUACGUCCUGGACGCCAACAUCGGACACGGAGCCUGUUGGUUUGGAACUCUUCAAAACACGGACACGGACUGGCCGCACUACAUAUUCUUCGUGGUGCCGCUGGGGCUGGUGACGUGCACGAACUUCGUGCUGUGGCUGCUGACGGCGCGGCACUGCGCGCAGGUCAAGUCCGAGGUCCACCGGCUGCAGGCGGGCUCCGUCGGCGACCGCGCCAAGAGGCGAUUCCGGAUCGAUAGAGCCAAGUACAUACUGACGGGCAAGCUGUGGGUGGUGAUGGGAGCGGGCUGGGUAUCGGAGCUGCUGUCCACCAUCGUGGUACAGCCGCAGUGGCUGUGGCUGGUGGUGGACCUCUUCAACGAGAUGCAGGGCGUCUUUAUCUUCAUGAUCCUCGUCUUCAAGCCCAAGGUCUACUACCUCAUCAAAAAGCGUCUCGGUUUAUCUCGGACCCCGAUUGACCCAAGGUUGGAGAAACCGGACGCGCGGAAGACCGCCACGUCGUCGGGCCGCACGUCCUCCACCUUCCUGUCCAGAACCAUCAGCUCCGACGAGAGGACCACGCUCAGGACCUCAUUGCCGAACAGUGUUAAGAACUCAUAAGUGGAUAGAACCGGUGCAAACUGACGUCGCGUCGGUUUAUCCGAUACAAACGACGCGCGACGAAGCCAUGCCAACAAAUAUUUGGAGUCCUUUUAUUUUGGCUGUUUGCAUAAUGUACUUACUUUGUACCUACUUUUCAAUAGUUUUCUUAAUAAUUAUUGCAUU